UUGUUCCGUGUGCGACAUUUUCACAUGUUUCCCUCUUCCGUAGGUUUAAUUCCAAAACCUCUCCUCCCCUCUAAAGCAACCAAAACCCAAUUUCACACUCAUACGUUAAAUACAUUAUACAUACAUAUAUACAUACACUCCAUUACUGUUGCAGGAUUAUUUCUUCAUUUUCGCGCCAUUUCUCAUUCUUUGUCUCAGGUUUUCUUCUCUUCUUAAUCUAAGUUUUUGGAGCUUCGAAUGAUGAUGGCGGUAGAGGACGCGACGGAGAUAGCCUUCUUCGAUGUGGAGACGACGAUCCCGACCCGACCCGGGCAGGGCUUCGCGCUCCUGGAGUUCGGAGGGAUACUGGUUUGCCCCAGGAAGCUCGUCGAGCUGGAAAGCUACUCCACUCUGAUCCGACCCGCUGAUCCCUCCCUCAUCACCACGCUCUCUGUUCGCUGCAAUGGCAUUACCAAAGACGCCGUCGCUUCUGCCCCUGCUUUCGCCGAUAUCGCCGACAAAGUCUACGAUUUCCUCCACGGGAGAAUAUGGGCUGGGCAUAAUAUACUGAAGUUUGAUUGUCCACGAAUUCGGGAAGCAUUUGCUGCUAUAGAUAGGCCAGCACCAGAGCCUAAGGGAACAAUGGACUCACUUGUGUUGUUGACUCAGAGGUUUGGCAGGAGAGCGGGUAACAUGAAGAUGGCCACUCUUGCUACUUAUUUUGGUCUUGGAGAACAAACCCAUAGGAGCUUAGAUGAUGUUCGGAUGAAUUUUGAAGUGCUCAAGUGCUGUGCAACUGUCCUGUUUUUGGAAUCCAGCCUCCUUGACAAUUCUCCAGAAAAUACUUGGGUUUCACCUAAUAGUACAACAAGAAGUCGUAGCAAUGGCAAAGCUUCUAUGGAAGGAGCAGGCUUGAAUCCAAACACACCUUCUUCAAGUCUGAUGAUAGGAAAUGUUUCACCUAAUAGUACAACAAGGAAUCAUAGCAAUGACAAAGCUUCUCUUGAAGGAGCAGGCUUGAAUCCAAACACACCUUCUUCAAGUCUGAUGAUAGGAAAUGUUUCACCUAAUACUACAACAAGAAAUCAUAGCAAUGGCAAAGCUUCUCUGGGGGGAGCAGACUUGAAUGCAAUCACAUCUUCUUCGAGUCUGAUGAUAGAAAAUGGGAUCCCACCAAUGGAAAACCGCAGUACCAAAAACCGUAGAAUGUUAUCAUCUACGACUUUAGGCAGGAUUGAAGACCUUUCGGAUCAUGUUGAAUCUGUUGCUGCCAGGCCAGACCCUUUCAAUAUGGGCCCACUCAGUGAUGAAAUGGAAAAAGAAUUCCUCGAGUCAGAUGACAUGGAUGAAGAAGAAUCUGAUUCACCUUCACAAGUGUCUUCUACAGCAACUGAAAGUGUGGGUUCCAGUAGUUGCACCUUCUUAGAACCAGAUGAGAUCUCAAUGCCUUCUAUAUCUGUUGCCCUUGCCCCAUCCUCCUAUUAUGGAAUGCAAAAGAUAAAAAUAUUGCAUAAUCAUGCCGAGUUACAAAUUUGUUGUAAACGCAUGAAAGUGCGCUUUGGAAUUAGCACUAAAUUUCUUGGCCCUGCUGGUCGCCCAAGGUUGAGCUUUGUUGUGAAUGCAUCAGAAAGCCUAUGUCGGAUCCUGGAUGCGAUUGAUAAACACGCUCAGAAUCUGUCUGUGGAUUCCGGUAGCAGCUCUGAGUGGAGGCCUCUAGUAACCAGAAAGCCUGGUUUCAUGAAAUUCCCUACUAUCCGGUUUAACAUACCCACUGUAGUAAAUGGCGAUACCGUGCACUGGGCUACAGAGAUAUAUCAGAAAGAAGCUUCAAACACGCAAAAGCUUGUGUUUAGCAGAUUUGAUGUUGAAGAGCUGGAUGCCUUGAUCACUACAGGAACUUGUGUGGAUGCCUACAUCUCCUUGGAUGCAUAUGACUAUCAACAAAAUGCCGGUAUCCGGUUAGUGGCAAAUAAGUUGAUCCUGCAUUGUAACUGAGAGAUUUGGUGCCCAAGAGCAUGCCAAUUGAGAUAUUAGAUGCCCAAUUCACUUGGUUAUUGUAAUUUCUGAACUGAAAUAGGGGGUUGAUUCAUGUUGUUGUAAUUGACUAUAGCCAUGAUUAUUUUUUUUUUUCUUUUUAUUUGAUUAUCAAUGUAAUAAACAAGCAAGUCUGACUAUAGGUUGAUAUCACAUACUAAAAUUCAAAUGGUCAAAACUUCAUCCUUUAGAGCU